AUAGUGAAAAGUGAUACGUAGAAUUCUCUAGUUCUAAAACGAUGACAAACAUUGUACUUUUAAAGAAUCCAAGCAUACCGACCGACCCUUAUGACAUUAAAUUCCUGUCAGAAAACUAUACACCUCGGUUCAUUCCUCUUUUAACACAUGGACAUGUUGACAAACAAUCAACGAUAGCCUAUCUUCAAUCAAGGGAAUUCUCCCAGGUUGGCAUUUUUAUAAUCACGUCACAACGGGCAGUGGAAAUACUCCGUGAGUGCAUUGAUGAACUUGACGAAUCUACUAAGGUGGAGAUUUUCAAAAAAACAGGAUACACUGUUGGGCCAGCCACGUUCAAGAUCCUACGUGAGGUUGGGUUUUCUGAUGUCCGUGGUGGUGAAGACGCAGGAAAUGGUGCCAAAUUGGCCGGGAUAGUUAUGGAAGAUGUUCAGGAUAAGUCUGAACCGAUGAUAUUCUUCACGGGCGAGAUACGAAAGGAUAUUAUUCCACGAGCAUUGAUUGGACAGGGGUAUAAUUUGAGCGAAAGGGUGAUUUAUAAAACUAGUGGUCGUGAUGAUGUUGUGGAAAAGUUUAAUACUGUAAAGAAUCAAGGUGGAUGGUUGGUGUUUUUCAGCCCGCAAGGCACAGAAACGUUUGUAGACUAUUUAAAAGAGGGACAGAAUAGACAAAAGUGGAAGAUUGCUUCGAUAGGGCCGACUACUGAGACAUACCUUUUAGAGAAUGGAAUAACACCUGAGGUGGUUGCAGCAAAGCCUGCGCCAAAUUCUUUAUUUGAUGCAAUUGUCAAGAUUGACAAUAGUAUAGAAAAUGUAUGUAGCUUUUAAAAAAAAAAGGUGUUUACGAUGCAGCUUCUACAUAGAUGUAAUUUAAACAAAGUUUUAUCAAGAGUAUUCAGUACAAUAUAUU